UGCCCAGGGAGUAGGAACCAAUUCCAAAGGAUGGUGAGCCUAACCUCAAAAAUCUCUCUCCAGAGUUUCAGAGUAGCGUUGAAUGAUUUGCACAAAGAAGCAGAUUGUGUAUUGCUGAAAAGUCCAUAUCUAUCUCAUCUGAAACUGUGAAUAAGAAGGAAGUCAUAGCAAUAACAGGACAAGAAAGGAGAAGCUGAUCAUGGAUUAUCUGACCAUUGAAGCUGAGGAAGAAGUCCUUCCAGCCAUUAUCGCUGAGGAUGCCUCUCUGCCCCAAAAACAGAACACAGAAGAAAUGGAAUCUACUGUUGAGCUACUUCCUGUUGAGUUCCAGGAAUUGGUGACAGUCAAGGAUGAGGAAAUGGACUUCACUCAUGUAGAAGAAGAACAGCUGAAUUCUGCCCAAAGGUACAUGGGCAUGGAUAUGAAAGUGGAGAAUUGUGGGAGCCUGGUAUUUUGGGAUUCUGAAUCUAUACCUGAAACUAAAGAAUACUUUCCAAAGCAGGGACUUUAUGAUGAAAUGUCAUCUGAAAGAGAUCUGAUAAUGGAGAGACUUAAGAAGGAUGAGUCCUGGGACUCCAGACUGAUAGAAACCUGGCAAUGCGAAGACACAUUAGAAAGGCGGCAAGGAAAUCCGAAGAAAGAUUUAAGGCAAAUCAUAAUUAAACGCAAGAAAAACCCUGUGGAGGAUUGUAAUGAAACUGGUGAAAGUUCAAGCCCAAUUCAACAUCGCAUUUACUCAGUGAAAAAGCCUUGGAAGUGCAAUGAAUGUGGGAAGGGCUUCAGUUACUACUCAGCCUUCAUCCUCCAUCAGAGAAUUCAUACUGGAGAGAAGCCUUAUGUGUGUAAUGAGUGUGGAAAGGCCUUCAGUCGGAGCUCAUCACUUAUUCAGCAUCAGAGGAUUCACACUGGAGAGAAACCGUAUGAGUGUAACGAAUGUGGGAAGGCUUUCAGUCAUCGGUCAGCUCUUAUCCAACAUCAUAUCAUUCAUACUGGAGAAAAGCCCUAUGAGUGCAAUGAAUGUGGGAAGGCCUUCAACCAGAGCACAUACCUUAUUCAACAUCACAGAAUCCAUACUGGAGAGAAACCCUAUAAAUGCAAGGAAUGUGGGAAAGCUUUCAAUGAUACCUCAUCCCUUAUUAAACAUCAAAGGGUUCAUACUGGAGAAAAACCCUAUGGAUGUACAGAGUGUGGGAAAGCCUUCAGUGACAGGUCGGGCCUCACUCAACAUCAGAGAACUCAUACAGGGGAAAAGCCAUAUGAAUGCAGUGAAUGUGGGAAAGCCUUCAGUUACUGUUCAGCUCUUAUUCAACACCAAGGAACCCAUACGGGGGAGAAACCUUACAAAUGUAAUGAAUGUGGGAAAGCCUUCAGUGACCGCUCAGCUCUUGUAAGACAUCAGAGAAUUCAUACUGGAGAGAAACCUUACAAAUGCAAAGAAUGCAAGAAAGCCUUCAGCCAGAGCUCAUCUCUUACAAAGCACGUGAGAACUCAUACUGGAGAGAAACCGUAUAAAUGCAAUGAUUGUGACAAAGCCUUCAGCCAGAGUUCAUCUCUUAUUCAACACCAGAAAACCCAUACGGGAGAAAAACACUACAAGUGUAAGAAAUGUGAGAAAACCUUUAACAUGCGUUCAGCCUUUCAUCAACACAAAGAAAUUCAUGAUGAAUAGAAAGCAGUAAAUUCAUGAAGUAACUAUGUAGUCUCAGGGCACCCAGGUGGCUCAGU